UAAUGUGACAAAAUAGCUUUUAUAAAUGGAUCUUUUUGAGGUCAUCAUAUCUCAUUGGCUCGGCUUGGUCAGUCUUACCCACUAACCAACUUAACAAAUACUUCAUCCUCUGUUCUGAGAGUAAAUAUGGCCGGAGAAGAAGAAGAAGAAGGAAAAUCAAACCAAGAACGGCAAGACGAUCUCCACCAAGCAAUCUCUUCCUACAUUGGCAUUAGCUUCUCUCUCUUCUUGGCAUCCUUGCCAUGCAACUCCUUCAAUAUUGUGCAAAAGCUUCAAUCCCAAAGCAGAGAGCUCUCACUGCGCCUCUUCCAGACUGAUGAGCAGCUUAAGCUGAUGAAAUCCAGGAUUAAAGAGGACUCCAAGGCCAAUGCAAGAGUUGUUGAGAUCUUUGCCAGCCACAGGAACGCGUGGGAGGAAGAGGAGAAGCGGCUACUGCACCAGAUCGACGCUGCUAGUGAGGAGAUGGCAUCAUUAAGGGCCAGAAUUCAAGAUUUACAGGAAGAGAGGGAUGAGUGGAAAGCCAGAAUUCAAGAUUUGGAGAGAGAGGUUGGGGAGAGAGAAGAGAUGAUUGGGUUUAUGUCUAGAAAUGCUGUUGUUGAUUAUGCAGUGGAGGAAUACGAAGAGGACCCAUCUGGUGGUGGCUGCGGGAACAGGGAAUGUUAUGGUAGGGAGGCAGAGAAUGUUAAUUUUGUUUAUGGUCAGCACCGUCAUCAGCUGCAGCAGCAGCCCAUUAAUGGAGGUUUAAGUUCGGAUUUCUUGGCUUCAGCUUGUAAGUUUUGGACUGAUGGAGCUAGCCUCUGGCAGGAUAUGCACCAUGAAUCUGUUGAAUCACUCCAUCAUAUGAAGCAUUUUGUAGCAAGAAGGGAAUCUCCAUGGAAGGUAGACUGUGAAUCGACUGGAAUUUCCUCUAAAUUGAAAAUGCUUGAACAGGAACUCCAGAAUUUGGAAAAAAUUGGCAAAACUGAUCUGUCAAAGGUUCCAUCAUUGAUGAGGAAGCAGGCAAAGAGAUACCAAGCUCUUUCAGGGAAGAUUGAUGAUCUAUGCAGAAGAAUGCAAGCUAGUGAUCCAUCUGAACCCACAAUCGGUCAAGAAUUCCAGGCACAAAGGCAAACUGAGUUUUUGUUUGAAGCAUUUCGACUUCAACAGCGUGCAUCUGAAACUGGACAAAAGUUGAUGGCAUUAGAAACUGAGAUCGGGAAGAGUUACUGUGUGGAUGAACUGGACAGGGAGGCCAAACUCAGCAUGAGAUGUUCUUUUGACUCCAUGAGAAACAACUUAAAAGAAGUACAGAGAAACUUAGAAAUAUGGUUGGCUAGAAUUAUCGGAGAUCUUGAAGGGAUUCUGGCCAGGGAUGGAGCCUCCCGUGCAAGGGAAUUUUAUGUUUCUAGAUAUCCUUAUGUUCAAUAGAAACUUCUGAGUUAAUUUUAUGAAGUCCUCAUCUAACCGAAAUAUAUUAGAGUUUCUUUUGGUAAAUAGGUUGAUUUGUCAUGUCAGCCCUAAAGCAGCAGUUGAAUGUAUGCUAUGGAAACGUAAUCAUUCCGCUAUGGUAAUGCACAUCUUUGAUAUUUUCAUUACAA